UGUGUCAAUUAUAACCUUAUUUUUUAUUUAUUUAAAUCCAGAUUCAAAUCAAGUUUUUAUUAUUAAAAUAACGUAAAUGGAAGAAAUAUGUAGAUCAUGUUUAAAGCAAACACCAAAAAAAUAUACUCUAACCGGGAAAUUAAUAAACUUGGAAGUGACUAUAGCAGACAUGUUAGAAUAUUGUACAUCAAAUAAGCUUGAUCUAAGUAAUGAAUUGCCGAGACACAUUUGUACGUUUUGCUUCACGACUAUCCGAAUGGCAUAUGAAUUCUUUAAACAAUUUAGCGACAGUCAAAAUAAAUUGUAUUUGUUGAAAUCUAAUAAAAAGGCAUCCAAUCAAGUUAAAAAAUUAAUGAAUUUUCAUGGUUAUGCAGAAAUAAACACAUGUGACCAGUUAGUUAAUGUAGAUGAAACAGAAAAUCAAAGCCAAAAGUAUGCAAAUAUGGAUAAUCAAAGUGAAUUUGAAAAGGGAAGUGAAUAUGAAACUGUAGUGGAAAAAGUAAAUAUAAAUGAGAUAGAAGUUGAUACUGUAGGUGAAAUACAAAAUAGGAAAGAAAAUGUAAGUUUACAAACAUAUAUUUGUGAUAGUGAUUUUAUUGACAUAGAAAAUAAUUCAAACAAUAAAAUAGGGACUACAGAAGAGACAUUUAUAGAUGAAGAAGCUCAGACUGUGGAUAGAGAGUAUGAAGUAGAACAAGAAGACUGUGUAGACAUUUUGGAAACUGAUAUUGAAAAUAGUGAUUUAUAUGAAGAAUGUGAAUUAAAUCCAAGUUUAGAGGCUCAAUCAUCAGAUGUAGAAUUCUCUGUUAUAAUAAAAAACCAUGAAAAUAAAAACGAAAAGUUAUAUCCAUUUAUUUGUCCGAUUUGUACUUUAAAGUUUUCACGUGUUGAUAUGUUCAUAAAACAUGUUUUACAUCAUAAACAGAAAAUAAUAAUUUGUUCUCGUUGUGAAGCUAAACCAGAAUAUGAACUGGAAGAAUAUAUUGAACAUUAUAAAGAGUUUCAUAAAUUACAGUGUGAAAUAUGCAACAAAAAAAUGACCUCAUAUUUUGGAUAUUCUUACCACAUGAAACAACAUAUUAAUAAUAGUUGUUACAAAUGCCCUAUUAAAGACUGUCAAAGAUCUUUUGUUUUGAGGGCUCUUCUAAGAAAACAUGUUAAAAAUCAUUAUGAGCCUCAAGUUUUUAAAUGUGAUCUAUGCCCAUCUAAAUUUAAUAACAGAGAUACAUUGAGGUACCAUGUUAAAAAGCAUUUAAAUAAAAAAGAUCAUCUUUGUACAAUAUGUGGUAGGACCUUUUAUUUAGCCGGGCACCUCACUCAUCACAUGAACAGUCAUCUUGGCAACAAAAGAUAUGCCUGUGGUAUAUGUGAAAAGAAAUUUAUCACCAGCACAUGUUUAAAGAGACAUGUUGCAAUUUGUUCAAAGAAACAUAGUUUUGCAGUUACAGAUUAUGGAAUGGAAGAAGUGGUAGAAAAUGAUUAACUAGUAGGUUUAUUGAGUAAGAAAUAAUUUAUUAUUAAGAAUAUUAUGUACAUUUUAAUAAAACUGUUUCUCCUUUUUCCUUUAAGUAUAUGAGCAAUUGUGCUUGUUCAUUGGGUUGAGUGGUCCCUCUUUUUUUCUUUCCAAUAUUCUAAUUGUAUUUUAAAUUGAUG